ACAAAUGGUGGCCUGGCUUCAGCAAACUCCUCGCCAUUGGUCCUUGCAGCUGUCGCCCCGACGCCUCGCCCUCCUCACUAGCGAAGUGAUAACCAGAACGAAAGCAGAGAUGUUUCGGAGCCAAGUGUUACAGCUGUGAACUGUAUCGUUUCUGAUUUGUUUUCCGGAUUUUCAGACCCUUUGUUUUUUUUUUUUACCAAUGCCCUCGUUGAGGUUUGUCUACUUGGACAGCAUGAAUGAAGCAGCCUUGUUAUAAUUCUAGACCGUAUGCUGAGAGAAAAGCGAGGUGGAAGAAAGAAAGAAAGAAACAGUAGAAAAAAAAAGAAAAAGGCUGUUUGGACCCGGAGGACGAAGCCGCUUGCUUCCGGACUUGUUUAGGAUAUCUACACUCAACGUGACAUUGAUAACUGAUAGGAGAUAAAACCGAGGAUAAUCUGCGGCCGGGGAUAGCCCCGACAAUCUGCUGGCGUCGAAAAGAAGAUAAAUUAGUUUCCGUGGUGUGAAUAAAACACUACCCAGUGGCGACGCAGUCUCCUGGAAGAAAAAAGAAAGAAAAACAAAGAAAACCCCACGGUUCAGGAUGAACCAUCUAACCUUCAGUGAGCUAUGUUGCCUGUUCUGCUGUCCGCCGUGCCCCAGCAAGAUCGCCUCCAAGCUGGCCUUCCUCCCUCCAGAGCCCACCUACAGCCUCAUGUGCGACGAAAGCGGCGGCAGAUGGACGCUGCACCUCUCGGAGCGGGCUGACUGGCAGUACUCCGCACGAGAAAAGGACGCCAUCGAGUGUUUUAUGACGCGCACCUCCAGAGGGAACCGCAUUGCCUGCAUGUUUGUGCGCUGCUCACCCAACGCCCGCUACACUCUGUUGUUCUCCCACGGGAAUGCGGUGGACCUGGGCCAAAUGAGCAGUUUCUACAUUGGUCUGGGCUCAAGGAUCAACUGUAACGUCUUCUCCUACGACUACUCGGGUUACGGAGCCAGCUCUGGGAAACCUUCGGAGAAGAACCUGUAUGCAGAUGUGGAUGCUGCAUGGCAUGCACUGCGGUCACGGUACGGCAUCCGUCCCGAGAACGUGAUCAUCUACGGGCAGAGCAUUGGCACGGUUCCCUCUGUGGACCUCGCCUCUCGCUACGAGAGUGCCGCAGUCAUCCUCCACUCCCCGCUCACCUCUGGCAUGAGAGUGGCUUUCCCUGACACCAAGAAGACCUACUGUUUUGACGCCUUUCCAAACAUCGACAAGAUUUCCAAGGUAACGUCGCCAGUCCUCCUGAUCCAUGGUACCGAGGACGAGGUCAUCGACUUCUCCCACGGGCUGGCGCUGUACGAACGCUGCCAGCACCCAGUGGAGCCCCUCUGGGUGGAGGGCGCCGGACACAAUGACAUAGAGCUCUACGGACAGUACCUGGAGAGGCUCAAACAGUUUGUUGCACAUGAGCUGGUCAACUUAUAGAGCUGCUUGAAAUAAGAGAAGCAGGAAAGAAAGCUGCAGUUUUACAGACGGCCUGAGUUAUUGUUUCUGAAUUAUUAAACGGAGAAUCAGUGUCUGUCUGUCUUGAACUGACUUAGUGGCGACUCUCUUCACUUAGUCGAGACACUUCCCCUCUCUCCCCUCAUUUGGCUUUCUACAGGAUUACCCUGAUCCUUUUUUCCACUAGAAAUCUCACCUCCAUAUAAAUCCUUUUUUGCUUUUAGAUCUGCUUAUGUUGGACACUGCAGUUUGUGACUGUGAUAGAAGGGCAAACAAGACAUGUGCAAGGACAAUAUUGGAGUUAAUACAGUAAUUACAAAGUAAUGAAGUGUCAUAUUUUGUUCCUGCCUUAUAAGAGAAGGUUUGUGGUUCCUAAUGGAGACUUGCAUUCCAGGAAAUGGCCUUUCUACAGACUAAUUAGUCUAAAUCGACUGAACUCCAUAUUAUCCUACUCACUGCAUCUGAUUAUUGGUUCUCCUCUGAGGACCCAGUUUGUGUUUUAUUUUUUAUUUUUACAGAACAUGUUGGAUUUGCACAUAUUGUCACUUAAGAGUUGAACUAGAAAAACUAACACUUCACCCAUCUGUGCCAGUUUUGCCAAAUGUUUUAAUAUACUUCAGAACCCUGUGUAAAUAAUGAAGAGUGCAACUUGCCGUCAUCUCCGUGUCUCUGUAAAAUGUAAAUGGUACAGCUUGAUUAUAGAUCCUUUAAGUGAGAUGGUGAUCAGCACUGAAAGGUUUGGUUAAAUGCUUGAGAGUAGGUUCUUUCCAGCCACCUGAAAGGUUGUAACGUUUUAGUUUGAUUUGAAGCGUUGUUGAUUUAAGACACCCAUCAUCAUACUGCUGUUGAUGAUAGUUUUCACAUCACGCCGGGCACGUCUGUGGGCAAAAAUCUGACCUUUUGCUAAUAAUGAUUCGCCAGUAUAUAGAAAGACGAUUAUGAAUCCCAGUUUUGUGCAAUUUGUGCCUCUGGGUUUUAAUAUAUCAAAUAGAAAACAUUAGAACGAUAUGCCUACUUUAUGUAACUGGGUUAGAUUAUUGUAUCUUUUUUUCUUAAUACACACAGAAACGAAACUACUGUGACAGCUGCUGUCAGUUCUAGUCGACCACUAUUGCUGUUCAGGAUGAAUUAUGAUCACUGCUUGUCUUUUUAUGUUUUUCAGUUUAGGAAGUGGCUAAAAAUCUUACAAUGGGUUAUUUGGGGUGGAAGUAUUAUCUUCUUCCUCCAGUAUAUUUACACUGGACAAUUUUUACUCCACGCAUGGUUCUUGAGUCUCCACUGUACUGAGACAAUGAGCUAUUUCAAACGAUUAGCUCUGCAUCCAGGGACUCAGUCAUGGCCAAAAUGUUUUUGCUUUUGUGUCAAUUUUAUCUUUCUUCACCACAAUGUCUCUGAAAUCACCGUUUUUCUUUUGCCCUUCUGAGAGAGCCAAAAUAGAGCUCCGUCUGGCCGUCGAACCCUUAAAAUGAAAAUGUCAAAGUGCUGCUGUGUGCCAUGAACAGCGUUUACCUUUUUUGUUCUUUUUUGUUUUGUCUUUUUUUGGCAUGCAAGCAUUCAAUUGCAAAAGACAUUUCUUUUUCCUUCUGGUUAUUUUAAGUCUUUGGACACUUGAAUUAUUAUUUUUUAUCGCAGUUAACAAUAAGCCAAUCGGUGCUACUGUAAACCUUCAGGUCUGACCGGCUGCCUGCUAAACGAGCAGAAACAACUAGCUGUUUGUCAGAUUGACCAAGAUCCACGCCAGGAUUGGGGACCUCUUCUUUUUAUGCGCUCAUGUGUUAACACUUUUUUUUUUCUAUUGUAUUUUAUUUUGAUCUGUAAACAAUUUUUUUUUGCUUAUUUUUUUCCACUGUAAAAUGUUCAGAACGUAUAUUUACAGUUUUUCUUCUUUUUUUUUUUCCACAAAAUUGUUUGACUGGAUUUUGUCUUUCUUUUAAAACCCUUGAUAUGCCAAGGCUGUCACUCGGCAGCCUUUUAUACUCACCACUCUGAUGGGUGUAAUCUGAUUUGAUUUAGUUUGUAUAGGAUAUUUCAAUGCAAAGAAACUAUGUAUUAACAUUAAUAUACUAAUUCUAAUAUGGAUAGAGCAAAUAAAAUCGUAUGUGGAAUAAUGA